UGUUGUUUCGUCCCUUAGAUGAAUCUACUUGUUUUGUUGCGGAUUUUGGUGUGGAAUUGCGAUUUUUAAGAUCUUCUUCAUGUGAUUAUUCAUGCGAUUGGUUUUAUGCGAUGGCAUUUAGAGGUCGAGGUCGUGGAAGAGGUUUCGGUGGAAGUGACUACAAGUUUGCAAAGCAAGAGCCUUUCGUACUUUUUCCUGAUAUUGAGCUACCUGAUAGAAACAACGUUCCUGAAGAGAAGAGAUUAGCAGUACUUAAUUAUAGGUUUCGGAAUUACUUUCACAACUCACCCUACAACCUUGACGAAACAUUCUCAGAAGAAGAAACCGUGGACAUUGAGAGGUACUCUGAUAAGGUCAAGGGUAAUAGUAGAUUCGGACGGGAGUCACUUACAAAUUCUGGUUAUCUAAAACUUGAACCUGGAUAUUUUCCUCUAGAGCUUGUUCAAGGCACAAAAUGCAGGAAGAGGAAGGUGCAAUGGAAUCCAAAAAGAGACCUUCAAAAGCUGGAUUUCUUGGAGGAUCUGGAGAAGCUUCAAAAUAAUGAAGACAAAAAAGGCAAGAAAGAGAAAGAAGGUGAAGAUGACGAACAAGAAGAUGAGGAUGUAGAGGAGGAAGAGGAAGAUGAGGUCGAUAGUGAUGAUGACUAUGGAAAGGGUGAAAACUUUGAUGAUGAUGAUGAUGACUACAACGUCGCCAGUGACGGUGAUGAUGAAGCGGCCAUGUAGUAAUCGGCUCAAGCAUAUGGUGUGUUUUCUGGGUAUCAAGGAACUGCCGACUCCAUUUUUGCAUGGUCAAGAAUCUCUCCUCUUUCUCACAGCUUACUGUUAACGGAGUUUCCACCUGGAAUCACUGUAUAGGUUCAAAUUGACACUUACUAGGUUAUUAGAUUAGUUUUGAUAAAAUAAAAGUCUUAGGAAUUCAUCACACACUGAAGAUGAAUACAAUGAGCCAAUGCGGUAUAUUAGAUUAAGUUUAGAUAUCAUCUAGUAGUUUAAGAUAGUUACACUAAACCAGCGAAGCCAGUCUCGGCUUACAGCAUGUUUUUCACUUGUGGAUAUACCGUCAGGAAAGUGAAUGAGGUUUUGUUUCCUCACUCUAAAUCUCACUUGUUAUGCCAUAAACUUGCUGAAUUCUUCAUGUUAUAUUCUUUUUCAA